AUGUGCGAAUCACACCACAUUUAUCACCUUUGCGGUCAUGUCAAGAUUAGAACCACGGUACAAUGUGCCGAGAUCAUCGAAAAGCUGGUCGCGUCCAAAUCACAGGUAACGUGCUCGCAUCAACUCUGUCCCGACAUUGCCCACAAUUCCCACGUCUUUCCGGACAUAUGUGCAAAAUGUCAGCAGACGGGAGUCAUUGGCGAUGUAAUGGAACAACAGCCAGGCGUGAAGGUUGAAUUACUGCAAAGCUGGAGACGACAGCGUGGUUCGGAAGGCAUCGCGGAGCCAGGAAACCCGGGCGAGAGUUUACAGGGCAGCGAGGUAGAGACCGUUCGGGAACAGAAAUCUCUCGAAGCCACGGCCGCGGCCGAACGCAAAAGUGCAUCAACACCUGAUACCGGCAGCGAAGCAACCUCGCGCACUAUCGAGACCACGACAUCAAGUGCAACGUCGCAAGGAAAUACCCCCGAACUUGGCUCCCUUAGGACUCGAAUGGCUGCGCUCAAGGAUAGAACGGAACAACUGGCGUCGAAAGUACGCGCUCGCAAGGCAUUGCAGACAGUUUCCAAGCAAAAUUCCCGGGCUGUAUAG